AUGAACAGGGCUGUUGCCACCUGCUGGAUAUUUCUCCUGCUUUCAGCAUUCCUGUGCGAUCAGGUGAUAUCCAAAGGUGGCAGGGGAGGAGCCAGGGGUUCAGCGCGGGGCAGCGCCCGAGGAGGCCGGACGUCCCGCACCCGAGGCUCCCCCGCUGUGAGGGUGGCAGCGGCAGCGGCGGCCGGGGCUGCGGUGGCGCUGGGAGCCGGAGGAUGGUACGCGUCGGCCCAGCGUCGACCGGAUGACAGCUCAGAGCAUGGAGAUAAUUACUACAGUAACAGAACAGACUGGGAGCUUUACCUCGCCAGGACAUCAAACGCAAUAGUGCACGACUCCACCACCACUAGAUUUUCCGCUUUGCUCUUACCAAUAAACUUUGUGAUGUACUUUGCCCCUUGA